UAUUAAAAGAUGAUGUAUCUCGGCAGUACUGGCAUCUCCCAGUUCUCAUAAAAAUGUUUUCGACUCACUUAAAUGAAAAUAAAGCGUGAGCAAUUAUAAUUCCUGUACUCGAAUUAGUGCUGUUGUGCAAAUAUACUGUGCUAUUAACACGAAGUGGAUAUUUAAGUUAAUUUAGUUGAUAAUUAAUUGAAUUAGGAAUAUUUUAAUCGCAACUCACUUAAAAUGCUGAUACUCCGCCGGACAUCGUGAUGUAUCCCAUCUGCUUAAUUGGAAAACAGUUAAACUACGGAAGCUCCUAUUAAUUGGAGAAUGACUAUAGUUCACAUUCGGUACAAAAUAGUCUAAGAUGAACGAUACGAGAGAUCCCAACACAGAGCUUAUUCUACAAGCUUCAAGAUUUUGGAUACAGAGGGUUUUAGUGCCUAUCACUGUAGUUAUCGGAGUAGCAGGAAAUACAAUCACUGUGAUGGUUUUAACAAGGCGAAGAAUGAGAAGUUCAACGAAUAUAUAUCUCUCUGCACUUGCUAUAGCUGAUAUUAUUCAUCUAUUCUUCGUAUUACUAUUAUCGUUCAAACAUUAUUCCAAUAUUCACGAUGGUAAAUAUGAACUGUAUUGGAGAUUUCUGGGAAUAAUGUUUUGGUUUUGUGAUGCUGCAAGCAGCACGUCAGUAUGGCUAACGGUCUCAUUUACAGUAGAAAGAUACAUAGCAGUAUGUCAUCCUAUAAAGGGCAAAUUUUUUUGUACAGAAACAAGAGCGAAGAGCGUAAUCGUAAUAGUGUAUAUUUUAUGCAUUCUAACUACUGCAUCUACAAGCUUCGAAUACCAGUUGAACCUGAACGAAACGUGCAUACAGGAAGACUGUGAAACACACAUAAAGAAACUUCAACCAACGCAGAGUUCACUUAACAAUGGUACUGAUAAUCAUUAUAUCAUAAAUCAUACCAUCAUGCUCAAUACAAAUUUCCCACCCGGUAGUAUAGCUUCACAUCCCAAUUUAGAUGAAAAGUAUUUUAAAAAGUUAAAACUAAUUAUUCUUACUAAUUGCGAAUUGCAACCUUGUAUAAUAUAUAUUCCUCCUUUAGCUUUAAAUGUUUCUAAAGAUAAGAUUACGAAACCAGAUAUUAUAGUGAAGGAGUUGGACACUGAUGGUUCGUAUAUGACGUCCAAAAUUCAAAGUACAUUGGAACCUGUUCUGGAGAAACCACCCAUCAAUAGUACCACUUAUUUGGAUAGUACCGAUAACAAAACCGAAUUAGAAUUGAGAAAUAAGACUUGUUGCAUUAAGCAUUAUACAAUUGAUGAAGAGUCUACGAGUCUUGGAAAGAAUGAUACGUACAUGACCAUAAUGUAUUGGUAUAGUUCUUUAUGUUUUUGUCUAAUUCCCUUGAUUCUUAUUGCCACAUUCAAUUCAUUCUUGGUUCGAGCUGUUUACCUGUCCCAAAAGAUGAGAAGGCAAAUGACAAAUUCACAGGAAAGUAUUGGACAUACAAAUGAAAAAAGGAUAACUCUCAUGCUGAUCGGAGUUAUAAUAUUAUUCAUAAUUUGUCACACUCCUACUGCAUCAAUUUUGAUUUAUAACAGUUUUCACAAAUCUAAAACUUCAAGAGAAGAGAACAUUAAAAAAGUUUUAGGUAACUUCUUUAAUUUUCUCGGCAUAGUAAAUGCCUCUUGUAACUUUUUACUAUACUGUGUUUUUUCUAAAAAAUUUCGAAGCACAUUUAUGAAGUUAUUCUUCGAACGCAAAAAGAAAAAACAAGACAUAAUCAUGUUAUCUUCUACGAAAAGUAGGAGUUCUCAGAAGUUUAAUCCGUAUAAACACGGCAUAAUGAGAAGAAAUGCCUCCGAAUAUCAAACUCCAAGAAAUUUGGAGACCCAAAGUUUGACCAGUGCACCUCGAUCGACAUCACUAAUUAUUCGACCUGUGGGAAAAGCAAAAUCAAGUGAUUUGAUAACUUAAACUAUAUUAGUUUAUUAGAAAUUCUGAUGUACCUAAUUAUUACUUGCUUUGUAAAGAGAUUUAUAUAUUUAAUAUAUGUAUAUUAAGUAUUAAAAGAUGUAAAACUUAUCUACUACCUACGUCUUGUAAAAUAUAUACUUAAACAUACACUACUGUUCAAUAAAUUA